AUGCUCUCGGAGCAAGACUUGAGCGUCAUCCGCUCCUUUGAGCAGGGCACAGCCACUACCUGCCCUUACCCCACAGUCACUUCAUCAUUCUACCACCAUGCUCUCUCCUACCCUGAUGCCAUUGCUGCCCGGGACAUGUCGUGCUCGCCUCCCCGGGAACUCACCUACCUGGAGCUUGCCAGCCGUGCUCAGAGCCUAGCCGCCCAGCUACGUGGCCUGGGUGUAGGUCGUGGUCAGAGGGUCCCCAUCCUGGUCAAGCGUGGCCUCGAGAUGGUCGUCGGUAUCUGGGCUGUCCUGUCGUGUGGUGCCCAGUACGUGCCCCUGGAUGGCGGUGUCGUCCCCGAGACUACCAUCCGCACAGUCAUCGAGCAGUCUGGCGGUUCUGUCGUCCUAUGCAUCUCCUCCACCGAGCACCGUCUGCACGAGAUCCGUCAAGACGUUGCCGUGGCCCCCGUCCUCAUCGACCCGCACUGCCGGAGUGUCCGCGGCGCUGCCCUUCCAGACACCCUGCUGGACCUGGCCACUCCGGACUCUGGCUGCUAUGUCAUCUAUACUUCCGGUACAACGGGGAAGCCCAAAGGGGUAGACGUCACUCACAGGAAUGUGGCCAAUCUCGUGUGCCAGUCGCCUGGUGACCUGGGUGUCCGGCCUGGAACAUGUGUGGGGAGCAUUCUCAACAUCAGCUUUGACAUGGCGGCUUGGGAGAUCUUCACCUGCAUGUGCAACGGGGGUACUCUGGUCAUCCGAGGCUCCAAGUGGGAGCCCACGCUGGAGCAGAUCAACGUCCUCAUCUGCACGCCGACCAUCCUGUCCAAAUACAGCCCAACUCAGUUCCCUCGCAUCAAGACCGUAGCCACUGCCGGCGAAGCUUCUUCGCAAAACCUGGCCGACCUGUGGGCCAUGCACACCACCUACUGGAACUGCUGCGGCCCGACCGAGACGACCAUCGUCAACACCAUGUCCAGGCACGUCGUCGGUCAGAAGCUGUCCAUCGGCAAGCCGACGCCCAACAACACCGUCUACAUCCUCGACGACGACCUCAACCGUGUUCCCCUCGGCUCUGCAGGAUCCAUGUGGGCGGGCGGCCAUGGUGUCUCGCGCGGAUAUGUUGGUCUCGAGUCUAAGACAAAAGAGUGCUAUCUGGCAGACAAAUUUGCCGACGACGGAUCGUGCAUGUACAAGACGGGAGACCUCGGACAGUGGGGAGAGGACGGCGCCAUCGAGAUUCUGGGCCGUGCCGAUGACCAGGUCAAGGUCAAGGGCUUCCGCGUUGAACUUGACGGCAUCGCCGCCACAUUGGCCGCCUACCCGGGUGCCACCAGGGCGACGGCACUCCUCAUCGACGGAGAGAUCCACGGCUUCGUGUCCCCCGACACGCACAGCGCCGAGGCCAUCCUGGAGCAUGCGCGCAAGUCGCAGCCGUACUACGCUGUGCCCUCCCGAAUCCACCUCCACAGCCACCUCCCGUCGACGGCCAACGGCAAGAUCGACAAGAAGGCCCUCCAGGUCAUGGCCAAGGCGGCCGAGUUCAUCGAGAGCGAGAAGGAGCAGUUCCCGGAGAAGAGCGUGGACCUCGAGGCCAACAUCGAGACGCGCUCCCUGUCGUCCACGACGACGCUCAACACCGCCGAAGCGGCCAAGCAGCUGACCGACGACAUCCCCGAGAAGCGGCACGGACAGCCCUGGCGCGGACUCCGCCACCGCAUCCUCAUCGUGUACCGCCGUCUGUUCAGCAUCGUCUGGCUCAUCAACGUCGGCUUCCUGGUUGCCCAGAUGAUCGGUGGCGACGAGGACGACCAGUGGCUCGAAAUCCUGACGGCCGCCAACCUGCUGACGGCCAUCCUGAUGCGUCAGGAGCUCGUCAUCAACGCCCUAUACACCGCGGCAUGCUCGGUCCCCAGGUCGUUCCCGCUGUGGAUCCGAUCGCGCUGCGCCGACAUCUAUCACCUCGGCGGCGUGCACUCGGCCACCGGAAUCUGCGCGACCGCAUGGCUCCUCAUCUCGACGGUGCGCUCCACCGUCGCCCAGAUCACCGACGGCUCCAUCGCUCACCUCAACCCCAACGGCCUGGCCGUGCUGGUGCUCUCGUGGCUCCUGUGCCUCGUCUGCACAGCCUUGGUGGUCUUUGCCUGGCCCAACUUCCGCAAGAACCACCACGACCUGUUUGAGCGGUACCACCGGUUCGGCGGCUGGACGGCCCUGGCCAUCUUCUGGGUGCGCGCCGUGCUGACGAUUGACGGAGAGCGCUCCCGCGCGCAGCAGCUGGCUCUCGCGCUGGUCCGCAGCCCCACCUUCUGGAUGCUCGUCGUCGCGACCGUCAGCAUCUCCUUCUCCUGGAUGCUCCUCCGCAAGGUGCCCGUCGAGACCGAAGUCCUCUCCGACCACGCCGUCCGGCUCCACUUUGACUACACCACCCCCGUUCACGGCAGCUUCACGCGCCUCUCGCAGCGGCCCCUGAUCGAGUGGCACUCAUUCGCCGCGAUCCCCAAGCCCAAGCCGGCCGGGAAGGGCUAUUCGCUCAUCGUCUCCAACGCUGGCGACUGGACUCGCAACUGCAUCCAGAACCCGCCCACGCACAUGUGGGUGCGCGGUCUCCCCACCUGCGGCGUCAUGAGGAUCGCCACGCUGUUCAACCGUGUUGUUCUCAUCGCGACGGGUUCCGGAAUAGGCCCCGUCCUUGGCCACGUCGCCCAGCCGUCGUGUCCCACCCAGCUGCUCUGGUCGACCAAGGACCCCGAGAGGACUUUUGGCAAGGAGAUUAUGGACACCAUCCACGUAAACAUCCCCGACGCUGUCAUCCACGAUACCAAGGUCAGCGGUCGGCCCGACCUUGUCCGCAUGGGCUACAACAUGGCCCAGAACUUUGGCGCCGAGGCCGUCAUCAUAAUCGCCAACGAGAAGAUUACCAAGAAAGUCGUCUACGGCUUGCAGACGCGUGGAAUGCCUGCUUAUGGCGCCAUCUGGGACAGCUAA